AAUAAUUUUAACAUGAACUGAAACUAAACGAAACUAAUGGUGUCAAAUCAAUGUAAUAUUCCAAAUGUUCCAAUUCCGUUCCUGUCCGUUCGGCUGACUUGCGUUUUGGUACAAACUGCAACUACAGUUCAGGGGGCCAACCGGGAACCACGUUCGACGUGUUGUAUCCCUGUUACACCUACGUACGAAUUUACAAGUACGACAGAGAGGCAACACGUCAAAUGUGGUGAAAAAAUGAAAUUCGCAAAUUGCGGGAUCUUUCUCUUUUACUCUCGUAAUUAGAGUGACGGAGAAAAAUGCUCGCAAUUGAUGAACUUUGAUUAUCGCGGUUAUAACACACCAUGAUACGAACGUUCUAGUUGGAUGCACAGUUUAAUGAUAUGCAAUGACACAGAUAAUUAGGUAUAUAAAACUGAGAUGUAGUUCAUUCUACAAGGAAAACGGGCAUUAUAAUAAUAAAACAAAUAACACUUCACUACUUGACAAAUACCAAACACGUGCUUUCAUUAUCUAAUGAAAUAAAAGGCAUGUAUUGUUAAAUACAAAGGGUAACAACAUUAUCAACGGAAAGGUACAUCGCAAUAAUGCGUUCAUAAUUAUCAUUAGUAAGUAGCGUACGAGUAUUUGUAAAACAAAUCUUGCUAUCAAAGGGAGAACUAUAAUUAUCUCCGACUCUAAGUAAGCAAUUGAUAUCGAACUAGCUAAUCAGUCAAUAAUGUGCCGGCAUACAAUACAACACUCGAAAGAGUAGUGAUAGAUAAUAAGCAGUUCAUAACAUACCACAAUACGAUGGCAGAAGAAAAGAAUAAAUCGACAGAAAAAUUAGAAGAUGAUCCAUUACGUGAGCCAAAAAAUGUACAGUUCAAAGAUAAAACGUUCAAAGAAAAGCUUGGAUAUAUCAAAGACAACAUAACUGUCGAACCUAUGCUAGCAGGACUUAUUAUACCAAGCGUGAUCUCCAGGUUUGCAAUGGGAAAUUUUAAUUUAGAUAAAGCUUGCAGAGUCAAUAAGGGUUUUGGUGAUGAAAUCUGUGACGCUCUGGUAAAGAAAACCAGCAAUAACUACACAUUUUACGAACAAGAGGUUCAGAAACUGAUCUCGUCUAUCGAUAUUUGGAGAGGACUGGUGCAAACAGCGAUUCCGUGUAUCAUCAUAAUAUUUUUAGGAGCUUGGAGUGAUAGAACAGGAAAACGGAAAAUAUGUAUCUUGCUUCCCAUUCUCGGAGAAAUACUGACAUCUAUCAGUAACCUGAUCAACGUAUACUUCUUCUACGAAAUUCCGGUUGAAAUUACUGUGUUGAUGGAGACUAUAUUCCCUGCAUUUACCGGCAGUUGGGUGACUAUGUUUCUUGGCGUAUUCAGUUAUAUCAGUGACAUCACUUCAGUGGAAACGAGGACAUUUCGAGUGGGUCUUGUUAACUUCUGUAUGACAGCUGGUCUCCCUCUUGGGAUCGGUAUAAGUGGAUAUUUAUUGAAGAACAUGGGAUACUACGGUAUUUUCAGUGUGACUUUAGUGGCAUUCAUUGUAAUUCUUGCAUACGGAUGUUUUUGCUUAAAAGAGCCCGAACAGUGGUUACGAGACAAAGGCCUACCUGUGAUUGAACGAGAAAAACAAGUGAACGUGUCCUUCUUCGAUGUAACACAUGUAUCAGACACAGUGGUUGUGGCCUAUCGGCAACGCGAAGGCAAUGGCAGAACGAAAGUACUCCUCACGCUGUUCUGCGUUUUCAUACUUUACGGACCUAGCAUGUCGGAACACUCGGUAUUUUACCUGUACUUGAGAAACCAACUCAACUGGGACAUGGUGAAAUUCGGGGUCUUCACCAGUUACUCCAUCGUAUUGCAUUCUAUUGGUGCAAUGUUUACAAUAACAGUACUGAGCAAGAAGCUUCAGGUCGAAGACUCGUUGCUCUGCACCAUCUCCAUCAUGAGCAAGUUCGUCGGCUCCAUUUGGAUUGCCUUCGUGACCACUGAUAUCGAGAUGUAUCUGGUUCCUGUCGUUGAAUUUUUCAAUGCGAGCACCUUCACAUCGCUGCGGUCCAUUAUUUCAAAAUUGGUGGAAAAAGAUGAAACAGCGAAAGUAAACUCCCUGUUCUCACUGACGGAAACAGUAGCUGCGCUGGUGUUCCAGCCGCUCUACACGUGGAUCUACAUGCGGACCCUGAACGUGUUCCCAGGAACAGUAUUCAUCAUGAGUGCUGCAUUUAUCAUACCCGCUGUUAUUGUGCUGCUAAUGUUCUACGCCAAAAUAAAAAUGGAAUCUAAAAGUGCAAGAAAAAUAGCUUUCGAAGCACAGGAAAAAAAGGAUGCUGAAGAGAAAAAAACAGAGCCUCUGGACUUUUUGAGGCCCAACAUAGAACCAAUUGAAAAUGCAGAAGUUAUAAAGUAACACAUUUUAAGAAGUGAUUGGGAACAAUAUUGAUUGUUUUGUUUGAAUAGGUCUUAAGUGUUGAUUCUAAGCCAAUGUUAAAAAUAUUUAAUAGGUACAGUUAAACUCUUGACAUGAAUGUUAACUGCAUAUACAAUACAUAUACUUUUUAUUGCA